GCUGUCAGAAGCCCUUUCUCAGCAGAGGGAGCGACCCUCUGGCAUCAAGCCCGCGCCCCCUCAGCGCUUCUGGGCUCCUGACAGCCGCGGGCGGGCCAGAGCAUCCGCGGGAUCAGGCCGGCCCCCGAAGCGCUGGCCCAUGAGGCCGACGAGGAAGGACUCACCUCAUGUCUCGUGUGGACCUCAGGUCUCAGCUCAGGGCCAGGAAGCGGGCGUGUGGCGGGUCCCCCAUCUCCUGCAAGGCGAGCAAGGAGGGCUCCUGCAGGAGCUGGGGCACCCGCAGGAGGGGCGGCUGCCCCCCACUCCCUGCUGGAUGUCAGCCGAACCCAGCCUGGCCGCCGGCACAGCACAGAGGGGAGGGUCCACCCGGCACGGCUGUGUUCCCGCAGGGCAGGGACAGCGAGACGAAGGCCAGGGCGUCUGCUCCAGUCCUGGAAAUCCUGACUGUGCGAGGAGGCUGGAGCACCCCGACCCCUCCCCGACUCCCGCAGCCUUCAAGGCUUCGAGCAAAAGGCCACACGGCAGGCUCAGCCGCGUAGAACCACGUCCCGCCGCUUGCUCUUUGAUCCCCCGUCACCCGGAGGAGCAAGAAGAGAACAGGAGGCCGUGA